AUGGCUGCAGUGGCUCCGUUAUUAGGUAUAGUCAGAAAAAUUGAUUCCUAUUCAGAAUUAGGAAGAACCAAUCAAAUAGUGAAAGAUUUAAAGGAAAGAACAGAAGAACUUUUGGAAAUAUACGAUGAAGAUGAAGAAGGCAAAGAAGGAUAUGGAGAAAUCGAUUUAGAAGAGUUAACAGAUAAAGAUAAACGAACAAAAUUAGCUCAAGAUUUAGCCAAAGAUAAAAAAGAAAAAGACAUAGUAGUUACUUACCAAAAAGACGAUUCUACAAUUGAAGAAUUACGGCAAAAAAUUAGCGAAGCAGAAUCUAAAAAAGCCAACCAAUCAAAGAACCAAGCAAAAGAAACCCACGAAGAGGCACUUCGAGCCGAAAAAUUUGCUUCUUCAGAAAUAGUAAUAAUCAGCGCGACUGAUGAUGAAGAGAAGAAUGGUCAAUCCCUCAAUAAUUCCCAAGCUAAGCUUUUAAAUAAAUUUCAAAAAGGAAAUGAAGAAACAAAUGAACUAGUGGAACAACCCCUCCAAAUCCAACCUCCUUACGGCACUCCAGGUUCUUCUAAACCCAACUAA